GGGUUUUAUGGUGGCUUCUUUAAUCCAUUCUCAUUAUGCAUUUGGGAACAUGAGUUGGGUGCUAGAAUUUGCCUCUCCAACUUUGGAUUCUUUCUAAAGGUGACUGUAUGCCAGACGUGUGGUGACAGGGGCUUCUCUGUGGCGUUUAUUUACUGUGAUAAAUGCCAAGCUUAUGCUGUACACCGUUAUUGUUUAGAUAAAUUACCGGCAACUUUAGAGGAGUAUGUUGUUUGGUUUUGUGUGGACUGUGAACCAAAGGUUGCAGAAUUAUCUACUCUCCAGCAGGCUCUCCCUGCGAUUGGCUUUCAACUGAGAUUGAAGGAGGGCAAUCCUGUUAGAAAACUGAAGGGGGAGAAUGACAUAAAAGAAUUAAAGAAGAACAAGAAGAAUAAUGAGAGUGAAUACGACAGUGGCUCGUUGGCUAUAUCAGAGGUGCAAAGACAAAGUAGCCCCUCGCUUCUACGCCCUGAGAAUCUUGAAAAAGACGAGACACUGAGAAGAUCAUUGGAAGUGGGUAGGCCUAGCUCUGAUAAAGAGGCCAGACCUUUUGAAGCUGAAAUCGUUUCUUCAAACACUUGUUCAUCUUCAAGAGUAUCAGAUUGGGUUAACAGGGAUGAGGAAGCUGAAUCUGCCAACAUUAGAACAUCUCUUGUAGCCAUCAAUGACCAUUUAAAUGUCAUAGAGCAUAGUCCUUUGGACCCUAGGCAGAGGCAACUGGAUGGGGUGUAUUCUGAUGAAGCAGCUGACAAUGUUAAAACUAAAACAACUCUUGUGGCUACAAGUAACCAAAUUCCAAAACACUAUUAUGUGCCUGCACGGCCAAUAUUUGAACCAAUAUGGAGGGGAAGUUUCCGUCUCUAUGAUGAAAAUCUUGCUGUUGGAAUUGUAGCCCAUCUGUCUAGCUUAGCAUGCUUGAAAGUUUGUGAGAUGGCAAAAUGCUUACCUGAAUCGCUUUUCUUAGAGUUGCUUCCAAGAUGUGAUGUGUGGCCAAAAGGCUUUAAGAAAUGGGGGCCAAGUGAAGAAAGUAUUGCUCUCUAUUUCUUUCCAAAUGAUGAAAGGGACGUGAAGAUUUUUUACAAUCUAGUAGAUAAGGUCAUUGUCCGAGAUCUUGGCAUGAGAGCUGUAGUUCAAGAUGUAGAACUCCUAGUUUUCACUUCUAACAUAUUGCCACUGCACCUUUGGAGGUUCCAGGAGAAGUUCUAUCUGUGGGGGGUGUUUAGGGCAAAGCAAGCUUCACAUUUAACAAAUGUAGUUCAUGGAGAGGAGAAAAACCCUUUGAAGGCUUUAACCUGUAAUCCAAGGAGUCCUAUUAGUCCUUUAAGCGACCGUGGGAUUUCUAUUUCUGGCUAAGGGAACUCUUUAAAUUGCACAUAAGUCUUGAUUUAGGUUGUGAAUGAAUAGAUGUUGGUUAGAAUGACUGGGAUCCAAACAUGCAUAGAACUAAAGGUGAGUAACUCUUUUGGAUACCUUAAAAGAUUUUCUUUUUCCCACUUUUUGGUCAAUAUUUGCUAUUGCUACGCGAGUAAUUCGAUAUCUCUUGUCUGAGCUUGUACAAAUAACUAGUAAAUUGAAAGAAAAAGAGUAGAGAAUGUCUCCUCUCCAACAAGUAAUUUUUUAUUGCAGGAAUCAUACAUCAUACAUGAAUUUGAUUUGUAUGCAUACAUGCAUACAGA